UUGAUAUCAUCCAAAUAGGUAAAGGUUUCUGAAUUGCAGUUAGGUUGCAAUAACAGCAACCACAACACAACCAAAAACUGCAAUUUAAAAUUAACCUUAUUAACAUAUUUUUUUAAGGUUCAAGCUGGUAAAAAUGGCUACGCCAAAGUCCCUUUUUUUCUUAGGCAUUGUUUUCCUUUCUUUUAGCAUUAUAGGCGCAUCCCGUAGCCUCCUUGAAAAUGGCGAUCCUGCAGUUUUCAACGUCACAAGCUUCGGUGCUGUUGCUGAUGACAAAACUGACAAUGUUGAAGCAUUUAGGGCAGCAUGGAUGGCAGCAUGCAAAAACAGUACUACACCAGCAACGCUAUUGAUUCCAGAAGGAACAUUUGUUUCUGGCCAAACACUGUUUGCAGGGCCAUGCAUAAGCCCAAAACCCAUAACCGUUGAAGUUAUAGGAACCGUUAAAGCCACAACAGAUUUAUCUGAGUAUUAUAGUCCAGAAUGGUUCACAUUUCUAAGCAUUGAUGGUUUGGUGUUGAAAGGUGGUGGAAUUUUUGAUGGCCAAGGUGCAAUUAGUUGGCCGUUUAAUGACUGCAAGAAGAACAAGGGAAAUUGUGUUUCCCUCCCCUCUUCACUGAAAUUCGAAAAGGUGAACAAUUCCAUAGUGACAAACAUCACUUCACUAAACAGCAUGGAGUUCCACUAUCAUCUAUAUGGUUGCAACAACAUUUCAUUCACAAACCUCAAAAUAACAGCUCCAGGAAACAGUCCAAACACAGAUGGUAUGCAUAUUAGCUCAAGUGACAGGAUAAGUGUCUCCGACAGCAUCAUUGGAACUGGUGAUGAUUGCAUUUCUGUUGGACAUAGCACAUCCAACAUUACUAUCACUAAUAUUACAUGUGGUCCUGGUCAUGGUAUUAGUGUUGGAAGUCUUGGUAAGAGGCCAACGGAGAAAACUGUGGAUGGUGUUAUUGUUAAAAAUUGCACCUUCACAAACACAACUAAUGGUGCUAGAAUCAAAACUUGGUUGGGGUCAACACCAGCUGAGGCAAAAAACAUUGUCUAUGAAGAUUUGAUCAUGAAUGGUGUCCAGAAUCCCAUUGUUAUUGAUCAGAGUUAUGGCAAAAAGGCAAGAGUGGCAUCAACUUCAGUGUGGAAGAUCAGUGACGUGCAUUUCCGUAACAUAAGUGGAACAACAGUCUCAAACAUUGCAGUGUCAUUGCAAUGCAGCACGAAGAACCCAUGCGAAGGUGUUGAGGUAGCAGAUGUUGAUUUGUCUUAUGUUGGCGCUCCAUACAAUACAACCUUUGUAUCCGUUUGUGCCAAUGCAGAAGCUAUUUUCGGAGGGAAACUCAACCCACCAGCUUGCUCAUUAUUAUAAACAGACAAACAAACGUUUUUGAAUAA